GCUGGAUAUGAGCGACGUGAGGCCUAGGCCGACGCAUUAACCGGCAGUAUUAGUUGGAAUAUUUUGACGAUAAAACAAUAAGUUUUGUAGUUUCUUGGCAUUGCUGUGAUUUUUACAGUUACUCUGUUGUGUUCGUUUGUAGAAAGAAGAAAUUGUUUGAAAUUAUUUUUGAGGGCACAGUUGAAGUAGAAUGGUGGAAACUGAGGGGGAGCAGUUUUCAUUACGCUGGAACAACUUCCACAGUAACUUGACUUCUGGGUUCCAUGCACUUCUGCAGGGGGAAGAUCUAGUCGAUGUCACACUUGCAGCUGCUGGACAGUUUGUACAGGCACAUAAAAUUGUCCUGUCUGUAUGCAGUCCGUACUUCAAGGAACUUUUUAAAGUAAAUCCAUGCAGACAUCCCAUAGUUAUCUUGAAGGAUGUGGGUCACAAGGAGCUGGUCGCUAUCUUGCAGUUUAUGUACCAAGGAGAGGUUAAUGUACAGCAGGAGGAACUGUCUGCUUUCCUCAAGACGGCAGAAAUGCUGCAGAUCAAAGGACUGACUGGAGAUGACUCACCAUCAACGAAUGUGCCAACAUCAGUACCUGACACACCAGAAAGAACACCUGCAUCAAGAACACAACAGCCAUCCCUACUUGAACCACUUGUGGUGCAGUCUGAAGAUCCCCCAGUCCGUCCCUACAAACGAUUGCGUUCAGAAGCAUCUGCUCCACCACCUUCAUCAGCAUCAGUAUCAAGCCCAUGUGUAGUGAAUGAGGACACAAAUAUUGUAGAAAUUGUGGAAAUAUCAAAACCAAAAGUAGAACCAGUUGAAUAUGAAUCAGACAUAGAAGAAGUAGACAAAUUGCCUAAUCAAGAUGAUCCUUUGGCACAGUUGUUAGGAGGAGAGAGCAGCAGUCAUUCUCAUCAAGACUCAGUGCAAGGAGCAACUCCAAUAUUUGCUUCAAUACCAGGGCUGUCACAAGAUUCUGGAGGGUCACAGGAUGGCGGACAAGGGAGGCGGCGAACACUGACACGAAAAAUUGGGCCAGUUCCAUGCCCUGUGUGUUACAAGACAUUCACAAGAAAUCAUGACAUGAAGGUGCAUGCACGUAAUCUGCAUGGUGAAGAUCGUGGACCAUUUCAGUGUAUAUUUUGUGCGCAGUGGUCCAAGAAUUCUGAGAGUAUGCGCAAGCAUAUAGCUAACCACCACCGUACUGCAUAAAUUCACACUUCGUCUUAACAUUGGUUUGUUCCAGCCAUCAUGUGACUAGUGAAAGAAUGGUUGGAUACAUGAUGGAUACUGAAUAGUGCUAAAUGGUUUUGCUAAAAAUGCUGUAUUCUCACUACAGCAAGAAUAAUUUAUUUUAAAUUUUAUUCCAGAAGUUGUAAUGAGGAGUAAAGAAAGAAUUUGGACUGAUAGAUAGACCUUUGUAAUUUGUGAUUCUCAGUAAAGCUAUGAAAGGUUUAAGAGAGAAUAAUUUUGCUAUAUUGAGACUCAAAGUAAUGCUGAACAUACUGUUUAACAGAUUUUUUACAAAUUGUGAUAUACUGUACACAUUGUGAAUGUGACAAGACAACAAGAAUUAUGAAUUAGGUGUCCAUAUUCUACCUUGAAACCUUGAUACCUUUAGACAUUUAGUUGUAUAAUCCAUGAGGAAAUUAAGAAGAAUUUUCAAGAACUAAGUACAUUGUACUCAUGCAAAUAGGAAUUUCAUCCCAGGUAGAAGGACAGACAUUAGUCAUUGGACUCUUUGUCUUUGUUGUAUUUGAUGUUUCAAGAAUGUAACAUGUUAUCUUUUGAUAUUACAGUUUCAUGAUAUUUUGGUUAAAGAGAAUAUUGGUAAAUCCAUUUGUGCCUUAUAUAAACCAGUCUUUAUUAUGGCUCAGUAUAGCAAAAGAUUGGAAUCGCCCAACAACUUUUAGGGAAGGUCUCAUAUAAAAUUUUUAAGAAAAUAUGUCUAAUAGUUAGAUGCUGAUAACUAGGUAACAGAUGAGUGAGCAUGACCUCCACAUAUGGCAUUCUUUUUUGUUUUGUAAAGAAUGUCUGAUAUUUCAUAUGCUUGUAAUGUUCAGUGUGGCUGAACUCUUUGCGUCUGUCUGACUAUCGAAAGCCAAGGAAGAUAUGCUGAAUAUGCUUGUGGAACUUUCUCUGCGCAAGGUACAGUGUUUAUAUUACUGUGACUUGGCAGCCAGUUGUGGGUAGCAGUAUUUCCUUUGACACUGGAAGUAAUAUUUAUACUAAUGUAAUCUAGUGACAGGAGCUUUGACUGAACUGCAGAACGAUCAGAGUGGAAUUAAGAUGUGUGUCUUAUCUGUCACACUCUACAUUUUGUACUGUUGGGUCAGCAUGCAUUAAACUGCAUAUAUUGCAAAGAAUAUUAGAUUAAUUUAAAAGUAAGCUUAUUUAUAUAUAUUCCAGCAUUUGGUGUCCUUUUUCUUUUUCAUUUUCUUUCUUCUUCAUCAUGUUGCAGUAGGUAUAGAUUUCAAUCUAUUUACAUAUUCUCAGAGAUUAUUAGUACCAUGGUCAAUUGGAUUCAGAUGUUUUUCUGAACUGAGAUGAUGCAAGAUAUCUCAUUCUCGACACUAGUAAUACAAAAAUAAUAUUGCACUGUUGCAAAGCUACUGACUUCUCUUCUUUUGUGUUCAUUAGAAGUGUAUUGGACAUUUGUAACUGCAAAAAUUUACAAGUACUAAGGGUUUUGUAUUGUUAUAUGUUAAUGACUAGACACGGGUUUUUGAUUGAUAAUUGGAUUUAUUGAACAUUUAUGACUCAUAACUACAAGUAACUAUAACAGUCUCACUAACCUACACACUUUACAAAUAACUAUAGCACCUGCUAAGUCUGUUAUGGCCUUCACAAGUUGUUGCUCUGUUACCUUCUUCACAAGACGUCACUGGGUUACUGCUGCCAACCAUAGAGGUUCUUCUGCUUCAGUGCUCAAAUUCUCACUGGAUGACAACAGGCAUACAGUUCUUUCUCAGCUGCAACUCAUGGCAUCACUAGCCAACAUUGACUACUCACUGGCUCUCAACUUCUACUGAUGACUGCUCCUGACCCUGGCCAGCAGUCAUUCCUGGCUUCAGUCUCUUCGAGAUCCAUGACCAAGAAUUUUGUUCUCUCCUAUACAUGUACAUGUGUAGGAAUGGGGCUUUCUCUUCAAUGAGGGAGGGGUUGGCUCUUUUUGUGUAGGUGCUACAUUUGUUGCACAAAUGAGUUUAUCCGCGCUGUCACAGCGUUCAGGUCAGUAUGGACUCUGUGCACCCUUUGUCACUGUCCUAUACUAAGCAACGUUUGUAAAAGAUAUACAGAAGUUUUCUGUCAGUGCAGGCUUGUGCAAUAGGUUAUACCUUAUUUAACUCCUCUGAAGCUGCAGGUAGUCAGCUGAAUAAUCAUAGGCCUGACCACCACCAAGUUUAAGCCUCUUUUACUUCCUGCGCAUGGCUUAUCCUUUUCCAAUACCAUAUAUAUUUGGAUUUCCAUGGUAUAGGGUUAUUUCUACAUGUGUCCUGUACAAUUUGGUUAUGGAGUCAUACACAUAAGGAAUUCUGAAACUAGUCAAGUUUGGUUGGUUGGUUGGCCAUUAAAUUGCUGCAGGCCUUUGCCAGCACAGUCAUUCCUGGCUUCACUCUCCACAAAAUCCAUGACCAAGAUUUUUAUUCUCCCCUAGACAUGUACUUAUUUCAAAAUUGGGCCGUCUCUUCCUCUUUGUAUGUAGGUGCUAUAUUUGUUACACCAUAGUUUCAGCAUGAGUUUAUCUCUGCUGUAAUGGCAAUCGGGUCACAGUGGAAUCUGUGUAUUCUUUGUCACUGCCCUAUACCAAGUAACAUUUAUACAAGAUAUACAGAUAGAUACUGUAGAGUUCUGAUGAUGGUGUAUAACACAUGGAGAU